GUAGGCUGGCCACCAAACCACCCUGUUUUGAUGAUGAGUAGAUACAUUACAAUGAAUAAAAGUUGCACUUUAAAAUAGCUCAGGCCAAUGCCCAGCGAAAUCGAAACCUUUUAGGGACGGCAACUUAGUUUCGUUUUCUCCUCAAUUGGAUAGGCGCGCUUGGGACGUUAUGCCAAGCCGUGGAAGCCUCGUAAAGUGGCAGGGGCCAAUGGAAGAUGGUCAGUAUGGAGACAGACAGUGCUGGAGACCCGGAGGACAGUGUGUCCCGCGUGCUUGAGCAGGAGAGGGUGAGCCUGGUGGACCUCCUCAGUGACCAGGACCCCCAUGUCCUCAGCCAGCUCCUCUGCCUAGUGGAGGACCCUGGAGUCCGAGAGGGGCUGCAGCUACUGGGCGACCCCAGGCAGAGGGCCUCGGGGCUGGUGGACCACUUCCAGCAUGUGGGGGCCCAGGCGGCUGCCCGGUUCCUGGAGGCCGUUUGCAUGGCCUGUGUGGACAUCCCCAUGCACCUGGAGUCACUGUUCAUGUCAGUGUCUGAACCUGCAACAGGAGACAUCGGCUAUCAAACAUCAACCUCAAGAUCACCCACUGCAGCAAGCGAUGUGAAACGCCCGCGUUUAGACCACAUACAGAGCUACACUGAUGCCACCAAGUCAUUCCUGCUGCAGAAGCACCAGCGGGUUACGAAGAACGUGGCCAGAGAGGUGCGUCUGGACGAGACCUGGGUCAGCCUGCGCCGCAAGGUCAUCCCUCGAGGACGAGACCGGGCAGCUCGACCUCAAGCCACAACCACCUCCUCUUCUUCCACCUCCUCCUCCUCUACCUCCUCCUCCUCCACCUCCUCUCCCUCCACCUCCACCACCCCCUCCUCCGCCUCGUCCGAGCUCCAGGAUGUGGAGGAGGCCGGUGUGGAGGACCGUGUGGCAGUGACCUCUCUGCUGAGGUGCCCCAGCCAGGCCACAGUGCUGCUGGGGGCGGCCGGCUCGGGCAAGACCCUGCUCAUGUACAGCCUGGCGCAGCGCUGGGCUCAGGGCGCCUACCCGGACCUCAUGCUGCUCUUCCUGCUCGAGUUCCGCCAGCUCAACUCCAUCGACCAGCCCGACGUCUCGCUCCGAGACCUGCUCUUCCGCUUCUUACUGCCAGCCACCGAUGACGAGCAAGCGGCAGCCGUGCUCGAGUACAUCCUCCGCAACCCGGAGAAGGUGUGCUUCAUAUUUGACGGUUACGACGAGUUCCGGGGGAAGUUCACCAGCGCCAACAACCCCCGGGGUGGUGGUGCACUUCUGCGGGGCGGCGCCUUCGACCCGUGCCGCCCCCUCCCCAUGGCGGAGCUCCUGGCGGGGCUGUGCAGGCAGAGGAUCCUGCCCCAGUGCACCCUACUGGUCACCUGCAGGCCACGGGACGUCGCCGACCUCGUGGACGUGGCGCGGUGUCGCGUCGGGGAGCUGCUGGGCUUCGACAAGGACGCCAUACGGGAGUAUGCGCGGCACUACUUCCGCGGCCGGCGGCGAGGAGGGGGAGACGGAGACGAGAGCCUGGCGGAGGAGGCCAUACGUCACCUGACCUCCAGCCGGCACCUGUUGGCCAUGUGUCACGUGCCUGCUCUCUGCCACAUCUGCUGCGUCUGCUUGGAGCAUUUGUUUUCCCAGGAGAGGGGUAGUGGUCCUGGGGGCGGCGGUGUGACAACGACAGGGCCAAAGACACAGAAAGAGACAACAACGGGGACAAUAACUGGGAGAACGACAGGGACGGACACAAUAACAAAGAAAAUGACUGGGAGAGAGCCUGUGCAGCUUCCCUCCACCCUCACGCAGGUCUACUUCCAGAUCCUCGCUGCUUUCCUCAGCCGACGGCGCACAUUGUCAAACGGCAUGGAGGACGAGGACGUCAGGCGGACAGGUGACGUCACGCACAAUAACGUGCCACAGGUACACUCUCACAACAGGAAUGACUCCAUGCAGCAGACAGGCACAAACACACACAAUGCCGCAGCACACACAACACACACACCUCUUCACAAGACCGCAACACAAACACGCAACACCACACACACACGGGACGUCGGCGUGCUGGCUGAGCUGGCGAGUCGUAUCCAGGAGCUGGGUCGACUGGCGCUGAGCGGCCUGGACGAGAGCCGCAUCGUGUUCCCAUCGGAGCGCCUCCGACCGGAUCUGGCCCACUUCGGCACCGCCACGGGCCUGCUUUGCCCCGUCGACGUGAUGCUGGGCGACGGGUCGAGCCGGCCGGGCGUGUCCUUCAUGCACCUGACCAUGCAGGAGUUCCUGGCCGCGCUGCACCUGGUGACCAGCCCCGAGGUCCCCGAGAGCCGCUUCAAGUCCAAGCUGACCCUCAGGACCCGCUGGACGGCCAAGAACGAGCCCAAGAGCGUCUUCACCGACUCGCUGCAGCUGUACCUGUGCGGCCUGCUGGCAUCCGACUGCACAGCACACCUGCUCCAGCUGGCAGGAGGAGAAGGUGGGGGUGUGGGUGGUGCCAAGCCACACCAGGUGGUCCAAAAGCGCCGGGCCCAGGUGGUGAAGGUGUUGGAGAGCUUUGCGGCCAGCGCCAACCUGAGCGGGCCCAAGCUGGUGGAGCUGUGCCGCUGUACCCACGAGGCCCAGGAUGCCCGACUGGCAGCAAAGGUGGGCUCGCGGCAGAGCUUCGAGCUGCGGAACAUCCGGCUGACCCCCGUUGACCUCGAGGCGCUGGCGUACGUGGUGACGGCCGCGGCGGAGCGGGAAGAGGGGACAGAGCAGGGGGCGGUGCUGGAUUUCGGAGGGUGCUCCAUGGAGACGGAAUGCCUGACAAUGCUGCACGGCUGCAGGAACGUGGAGGCGCUCGUUUUUCGCAGCCGCAAAUAUAAUGAUGAAUUUGCAGAGGCAUUGUCGGCUGUCAUCCCAACAAUUCAACCCCUGACGCGACUGCAAUUCACCAAUUCCAAGCUAUCAGAUGCUGGAGCUACUGAGCUGGUACUGGCCUUGGCCAAGUGCCCACUGCUGGAACAUGUUGACCUCAGCAACAACCUCAUGACAGACAGCUGCUUAAAGGGGAUCCUGGACUCUUUCCCCAAACUCCCAAGCCUGACAACACUCCUGCUGGGCAGGAACAGCUACACGUGGAGCGGACUGUUCGGGCUUGUCGAGAAGGCGAUGAACUGCGACACUCUGCAGCGGCUGCUCAUAAAGGGAGCCGGAGCAAUGGAGAGGUCAGAAGAAGUGCAGGAAUUUAACCUCCAUUUUAUCAGCAAGCACAGUGUGAACAACCUGAACAAUCUUGACCAAGAGGAGGAGGCUGCAAAAACACUUCAAUGGACAAAUUAUAGUCUCAGUGAGACUCAGCUGAAAGCUUGGUGUGGAGUCCUGAAACGCUGCCUCGGUCUCAACAAGCUGGAUGUGUCCAGCAACGCACUGCGGAAUAAAGGAGUGAAGGAACUGCUGGGACUGCUGCCAUCCCUUGGCUCCUUACAGGAAGUGAUUCUGAGUGAGAACGGGGUGGACCUGGAUGGUAUGGUGCUCAUCGCUGAUCUACUCUAUACCUGUCCUCAUCUCGUCGAAGUGGAUGCUAGCCACUGUGGAGACCAAAAACUUAUCUUGACGUUUCUUCCAAGUAAAAGGAAACAAACUACAGCUCCCAGACAGACCAGGUCCCAAAGGAGAAGCUGUGACUCCACCUACGUAGAGCAGGACACACAUCACCUGAGGAAGACCUUCAGUCUGACUCACAGCGAGAUACAGACAUCCAGCAUGGAGCGCCUAUGCAAGACACUGGGGAAGGUUCCAGGCAUGCUGGACUUAGACUUCUCCUGUGGGAUCUUUGAAGAUGCCACCAUUGAUGUGCUGGUGAGGAAUCUGCCCUGUAUGACGGCUCUCCAGCUGCUGAGGCUUAGCCAUGUCCAGAUGUCCACGGAGGGGGCCCUGUCACUGGUCCGCUGCCUGGCCGACUGCCCUCGAGUCCAGGCUCUGGAGCUCAGGCCCAGGGGUGAGGCCUUCAUCAAGUUCAUGAAAACCAAGGCAGAGCAUGCGACCUGCAGACUCACCCAGUACCAAAUGAACUGCAGAAAUAUGGAGAAACUCUCUGGAAUCCUGGAACACUGUGCCCGAAUAUCUCACCUUGACUUGUCUGGUAACCUGCUAAAGGAUGAGGGCGUGCAGGUCUUAAUGGAUUGGCUCCCAAAACUGCGAAUCAGGAAGUCUGUCAAUUUGAAUACUAACGGGCUGACCCAGGCUGGAGCCCUGCACCUUGUAAGCUGUAUCAGCUGUGAGACAGUUGUCGCUGUGGAAGUCAGAUUGGGACACGAGGAAAGGUCAUUGAUUCACUUCAUACAGGAGAGUGCACAGGAGAAAAGUCUGAGUCUGCGAGAGUGCAACUUCACAACUGAGCAUGUGCAGAAGCUGGUGGAGAUCCUGCUGACCUGCCCCACGCUCGUCACACUAGAGCUAUCCUGUAAGACGCUGCUCAGUGACAGCCUGACCAUACUCAGUGACCUGGCCAAACUAUGCUCACUACGGAACCUUGAAAUGCGAGAUAACGGACUGUGUUCCGAGGCUAUCGAGACGUUUUUCCAGCUUGUGAGCCCCCAUCACCUCCAGUGGAACAUCAGCAUCGAGGAGGCGUGGAUGAGUGAUGAAGCAGUGGUCGCCUUGGUAGCAGGAUGCCUAAACGUCAACUCCAACAUUCAGGAGAUAGAGGUCACCAGCAACCUCAUGACUUUGUCUUUGGCAGGACACCGCGGUGUUACAAAUCACAGUCGUAACUCAGUGGGCACGGGCUCAUCUUUGAAGAGCAUCAGAUUCUCCAACUGUGACGUGAAGGGCCAGCACCUAUGUGCUCUGCAGCCUGCGCUUGCAGCCUCUGCAUUGCUGCAGGAGAUCGACCUAUACCUGAACAGAAUAGGUCCAGAGGGAGCAGACUUCAUUGUCUCUAUUCUUCAUACCCUCGAGAAUUUGAGAAAACUGAGCCUCCAAACUAAGCCACCAACUGAAUAUGAAAUAGUGCCGAUCAUAGAUGCCCUCCGUCAGUGUCCAAAUCUUCAGAGUAUUUCGUUGAGCGGGUGUUUAAUCAGUGAUAUGGGAGCGGUGAAGCUCGGCGAGACAUUGCCCAGCCUUCCACACCUCAAGUGCAUAGAGGUCAUCUGUGGUUGUCGUGGCAAUUUCAGGUUGUCAAGGUGUUCUGGCUGGUCACCACCAAGAGGCUUGGAGGUGGUCAGGGGCAUUGCUCAGUGCCGGACGCUAGAGGGCCUAAGGCUGGAGCAUCUUGAACUGAGCGAGGAGGCCCUGAGCUGCUUGGCACUAGGCCUCAGUCACAUGACCUCCAUGACGUCUCUAAGGCUGAGCGGCAUCUCCAUGGUAACUGCAUCACCUGAGCAGCGGAAUAUCACCACGCACACGCAGCCUCUAAUGGCGGCACUGCGGGGAUGUAAUGGCAUGGAACAGAUUGAGCUGGAGGCCAUAAGAUUGGGAGAGAUGGGUGUGCAGGAGCUGGUUAAACACAUCCCCACCUGGACACAGCUGAGGCACAUCAGCCUGGCUGAUAACUGCAUUGGAGACGGUGCUGGGGAGACGCUGCUGCGCUCACUAGCCCACUGCCCUGCUGUGGAGAUACUCAAUCUCUCUAAGAAUAGGCUUGGCCCUGCAUCUGCAACACAGCUGGGUAAAGUGCUCAGUCGCCUCACAUGCCUUCGAGUCAUCAAUCUCUCAGAGAACCCGAUCACAGCUGAGGGUGCCCUGCGUCUCUCUGAAGGACUGAUGAAUCUCAAGCAGCUGACCAAACUACACUUGACUGCUGUAGAGACACCUGAACUAACCUGUGUGGCCAACGCACUGAGACACUGUGUCAACAUUGAGGAUGUCAGUAUGGGAUGGAACGGCUGUGGGGACGAAGUUGCUCUGAAGCUGGCUGAGGUUCUACCCAAGUGUGUGAAGUUGCGGAGGCUGGAUUUGGAGUCUAAUAGAAUCCGCAAGGAAGGGGCCAAAUCUCUGGCAGAGAACCUGGAAUUCUCCUUUUCUGUUGAGGUUGUCAGACUUUGGCGGAACCAGUUCAUCAGUGAUGAUGAGCGAGUUGCACUGAGAGCGUUGGAGCCAAGAAUAAGCUUCUCUUCGACAUAAGGGCUGAUUGGCUGAGAAGGCGCUGCCCAACCCUGGCCAACGCUGCCCAACUUGAAAGGGGUUUGGCUGAAGACUUCUGCCUGAAGUGAGGGACGUUGUGUUGAAUCCUACUCCGUGAUGUGAGGAUCAUUGGGCUUGAGGUUUCUUCCCAACGUAGAUAUUAGGAUUGGUCCCACCAGGAUUGCUUUGAGCAGAACCCUGUCAGUCGUGAUGAGGAACUUCAGGACUAUCUGUGAAGCCAAGAAUAAGCUUCUCCUUAAUGUGAGGGUACUUUGGCCGAGUGCUUUUGCUGGGUUUAUUUGUUUGGCUGAAUGCCUCUGCGUUGGAUCUAAUCCUACACCACGAUGUGAGGAUCGCUGGGCCUAAGGUUUCUUCCCAGCGUAAAUAUUGUCUUUGUUCCCACCAGACUUAUGCGCACUAAUGCCUCUUUUCCACUGCCGGUUCUCUGUUAGGCCUACAGGUUGACACAGCGCGACUCGGCCGCCACUUUUUGCUUUUCGAUUGGG